AUCACCCACAGUAGCUUGCGUCCUCACUUCCGGCUGACGGUCAGGAGAAGGUCAGGAAGAAGGUUUGAGUCGUUGGUAAAGGGGAGACAUGUUGUGGGCACGUACGGUUCGCAACUUCAGCACCUCGCUGAUCCGCAGGUCACACUAUGAGGAGGGCCCGGGAAAGAACUUGCCAUUUUCUGUGGAGAACAAGUGGAGGCUGUUGGCAAUGAUGACCGUAUUCUUUGGCAGUGGCUUUGCUGCUCCAUUUGUUUUAGUCUGGCACCAAAUGCUGAAGAAAUGAGACCACAUUAUUCAAUAGAACUCCAUCUCAACUGUAGUGCGAUGUCUGCUGAGCAGCUUAUAUCCUCAUGAGUCUGUUAACCUUCCCAGUGAGAUGUUCUUGUAAAUAAAAAUAUUAAGAAAUUAAA